GGUUGUAUAUCAUCAACAUUGCAAUAUAAUUCUUUGCGGGCACCCCAAAAUGAAAUGUAUGACAUUCUACAUUUCUUCUCGUCAUCGGAAAUAUAAACAAAUACUACCAAGUAAUCUGAAAGAAUCCAGCUAGAAGUGUACAAACCAGCUGUUAAUCCAAUACCUGAAAUAUUUGGAGUAUAUUAUUAUAUAUGUUAUUGAAGCAUUUUUUAAGAAUCAAUAUGGUCUCCAGUGAUAGCGACGAGGAUCGUAGAGAACGUGACAAAUUUUCUGAAAGACUUAAAAGGAAAGAUAAAGAUAGAACGCGUAAUAUUGCUAUUCCUCGAUCAGAUAAAAAAGCUUAUGAAGAGGCUGCUAAAAGGCUAAAAUUGGAAAAUGAUCGUGAAAAAGAAACUGUCAUUCCUAGAUUACGAAUUGAAUCACGUCGUAAAUAUCUUGAAAAAAGAAAAGAAGAUAAAGUUACUGAACUUGAAGCUGAUAUCUUAGAUGAUGAGUAUUUGUUUGAUGCUGAAGAUUUAACUAAACGCGAGCUUAUUGAACGUGAACAUAAAAAAAAACUAUUAAAUCUUGCUAAAGAACAUGAAAAAGCUAGAGAACUUGAGAAAAUUCAGCGGUAUCAUAUGCCACAAGAUCUUAAAGAUGAUCAAAUGCAAUAUGAAGUCGAUAUUGACAAAGCUCCAACUACCGAACAGCAAAAAUGGGAGGAAGAACAAAUGUCUUCGGCUGUUUAUAGAUUUGGUGCUAAAAGAGAAGAAAAAGAACAGUAUGAAUUGUUGAUUGAUAAUCAAAUAGAAUUUGUACAAACUGCUAAUUUACCUGGUACACACGAAAAGUUGGAACCAGAAAUAACUGAAAAACAACGCAAAAGACUGAAUAUUGAAGAAACUCAAAAGAGUUUGCCCAUAUAUCGUUUUAAGAAAGAUUUAAUAGAAGCUAUUAAUGAUCACCAAAUACUGAUUAUUGAAGGUGAAACUGGUUCUGGAAAAACUACACAGAUACCUCAAUAUUUAUACGAGGCCGGCUACACUGAAGAUAAUAAAAAAAUAGGUUGCACUCAACCAAGAAGAGUGGCUGCUAUGUCAGUUGCAGCUCGUGUUGCUGAAGAGAUGUCUGUUAAACUUGGAAAUGAAGUUGGUUAUAGUAUACGUUUUGAAGAUUGUACUUCGGAACGAACAAUUAUUAAAUAUAUGACUGAUGGUACCCUGCACAGAGAAUUUUUAUCUGAACCAGAUUUACAGUCGUACAGUGUGAUGAUUGUUGAUGAAGCUCAUGAAAGAACACUUCAUACUGAUAUCCUUUUUGGUUUAGUUAAAGAUGUAAUACGGUUUCGACCUGAUUUGAAACUGUUAAUUUCUAGUGCAACAUUGGAUGCUCAAAAAUUCUCUGAAUUUUUUGAUGAUGCUCCCAUUUUUAGAAUUCCCGGUAGAAGAUUUCCAGUAGAUAUUUAUUACACGAAAGCACCAGAAGCAGACUAUAUUGAUGCUUGUGUUGUAUCGAUACUUCAAAUACAUGUUACUCAACCAUUAGGAGAUAUUCUUGUAUUUCUAACUGGUCAAGAAGAAAUUGAAACUUGUCAUGAGCUUUUGCAAGAACGUGUUCGUAGACUGGGUUCCCAAAUUAAAGAGCUUAUUAUACUACCUGUAUAUAGUAAUUUACCUACAGAUAUGCAAGCAAAAAUUUUUGAACCAACACCUCCAAACGCAAGAAAAGUUGUUUUAGCUACUAAUAUUGCGGAAACAUCACUUACUAUUGAUAACAUAAUUUAUGUAAUUGAUCCAGGAUUUUGUAAACAAAAUAAUUUCAAUUCACGCACAGGCAUGGAAUCUUUAAUUGUAGUUCCAAUAUCUAAAGCAAGUGCAAAUCAAAGGGCUGGCAGAGCUGGUCGAGUAGCCGCUGGUAAAUGUUUUCGUCUUUACACAUCAUGGGCUUACAAAAAUGAGCUUGAAGAUAAUACAGUUCCAGAAAUACAAAGAAUUAAUUUGGGUAAUGCUGUGUUAAUGUUGAAAGCACUCGGAAUAAAUGAUUUAAUACAUUUUGACUUCCUCGAUCCACCACCACAUGAGACAUUGGUACUUGCACUAGAACAACUUUAUGCUCUGGGUGCAUUAAAUCAUAGAGGAGAGUUAACUAAAUUAGGUCGUCGUAUGGCUGAAUUUCCUUUAGAUCCAAUGAUGGCAAAAAUGCUUUUAGCUUCUGAAAAGUAUAGCUGUUCAGAAGAAAUAGCCACUAUAGCAGCAAUGUUAAGUGUAAAUAGUGCUAUAUUCUAUAGACCUAAAGACAAGCUCAUUUUAGCAGAUACAGCUCGUAAAAGUUUUUACUCUCGUGGAGGUGAUCAUUUAGCUUUGUUGAAUAUUUAUAACCAGUGGGCUAAUACUGACUUUAGUACAAAUUGGUGUUACGAAAAUUAUAUCCAGCAUAGAUCAAUGCGAAGAGCUCGGGAUGUUAGAGAUCAGUUGGUUGGCCUAAUGCAACGAGUUGAAAUGGAACUAGUUUCAAACCCUACAGAAUCAGUUAACAUACGUAAAGCUAUAACUGCAGGUUAUUUUUACCAUAUUGCUAGACUUUCAAAAGGUGGUCAUUAUCGAACUGUAAAACAUAAUCAAACUGUUAUGAUACAUCCCAAUAGCAGCUUAUUUGAAGAACUACCAAGAUGGGUCUUAUAUCAUGAACUAGUAUUUACUACUAAAGAGUUUAUGAGACAAGUAACGGAAAUUGAAAGCAAAUGGUUACUUGAAGUAGCACCACAUUAUUACCAAGAUAAAGAACUUGAAGACUCUACAAAUAAACGAUUACCUAAAACUGUAGGGAAGACAAAGGCCGAACUUAAAAAUUAAUUUUAAAGUUUGACUUUACAGUAAGAGCGAGAAAUACGACAACUUUUUCGAUAAUUAAUUGGACCAGUUUGGUUUCCUCUUCUCGAUGAAUGAUUGAAGACCUUCCUUACAAUCAUCAAGUUGUAAGUUUUCUAACAUCGCUUUUUCUCCAUUCCUGUACAUUCAAACACAUAAUUUUACUGUAUUAUACAUGUAAUGACUGAUAUUUAGUUUAAAAAUAAAGAUUGCAAUUAAUUAUUA